AUGGAAAAUGUUUUGGAGAAUACAAGUGUUACUGAUUACAUGUUUAAUGGUUGGCUCUCUGCAAACUCAAAGUAUCUUGAGGCACAAUCACUCACUUAUAGUCAAUUUGUAUCUAAAUUUGUUUACCACAAGAGAGAAAGGGAAUGGAGGCCCCGCAAAAAGGGAUUCACCAUUGGUAGAUUGAUAUGGGUUCCACCAACAACUGGUGAACUUUUUUACCUGCGGAUGAUGUUGACAGUAGUCAAAGGACCUACAAGUUAUGAAGAAAUUCGCAAGGUUGGUAACAGCCAAUAUGAAACAUUUAGAGAUGCAUGCUUCGCAAUGGGAUAUUUGGAAGAUGACAAAGAAUAUAUUGGUGCUCUCAAAGAGGCGCUGUUAAUUGGCCAGCAUAUGUUUGAAGGGAAUCAUGGGAACUGUUAUCUGAUGGUGUCUUACUUGCUCAAAGAAUUGGUUCUCACAGAAGCGGAAUUGCAAAAUUUGACGCUAAUUGAAAUUGAAAAGCUACUUCAAGAAAAUAAAAGGAGUCUAAAAUAUUUCAAACCAAUCCCUUAUCCGGAUGGAUAUGUUCUGCAACAAUUAGGUAAUAGACUGAUAUAUGAUGAACGCAAUUAUGAAAUUGCAAAAACAAAGACAAAAUUCACAAAUCUAAUUAGUGGACUUACAGGUGAACAAAGAGCUAUGUAUCAAAAAUUUAUGAGAGCCGUCGACUCACAAAAUGGUGCAGUCUUCUUCCUACAUGGUUACGGCGGGACUGAUAAGACAUACAUUUGGAGAACACUGGCAACAACAUUAAGGUCCAAGCAUGAUAUAUGUCUAACAGUCGUAACCAGUGGUAUAGCCUUAUUAUUGUUACCAGGAGGUAGAACUGCGCAUUCAAAAUUUAAGAUACCAGUGCCAACACUAGAUAAUUCUACUUGCAAAAUUGAGUACAAUGAUGAUGUUGGAGACCUUCUUAGACAAACUAAACUAAUUAUCUUGGAUGAGGCUCCAAUGGCACACAAGCAUGCUUUUGAAGCACUUGACAUAACUCUCAGAGAUGUAAUGUCUACAUACAGUAACUCAAAGGAGAUGUUUGGUGGAAAAGUUGUUGUUUUUGGAGGUGAUUUCAAACAGAUUUUACUUGUUGUCCCUCGAGGAAGUCGUUCAGAUAUUGUACAUUUUGCCAUAAAUGCUUCUUACAUAUGGAAUUGUGUUCAGUUUUCAGAAUGGUUGUUAAGAAUCGGCGAAGGAAAGGUAUCUGAGCCCAAUUACGGUGUUGCUGAUUUUGAAAUUCCACCCGACCUAUUGAUAACACAAUUCGAAGACCCAAUUGUCGCCAUUGUUGAUGCUACAUAUCCUGACUUUAUUCACAAUUAUCAUUUGAUACAUUACCUUAAGGGUCGAGCAAUUCUUGCUUCUACAUUAGAAAUUGUGGAAGAAAUAAACAAUCAUAUACUUGAAUUAAUGCCAGGAGACGUACGGGAUUACUACAACUCCAAUUCUGUUGAUAAGUCUGAAAUUAAUGACGACACAGUGGUAAAUAUCCUAACUCCAGAAUUUCUCUGUUCGAUCCGUACAUCUGGUUUUCCUACCCAUCAUUUAAAGUUAAAGGUUGGAACACCAAUUAUGCUCACGAGGAAUAUUGAUCAGUCUGAAGGCCUAUGUAAUGGAACAAGGUUGAUAGUAACAAAAUUGGGAACCCAUGUUAUUGAAGCUUCAAUAAUAGUUGGAAAGAACUCUGGCAAUCAGGUUUACAUCCCACGAAUGGAUAUGUGA